UAAUGUUAUGGGAUGAUAAUAUUCCCCAACUAUAAUUAAAACCAAAUCCAUGGAAGCUCAUCGCUUGUUUCAUGUUUCGGUUUCACAUGACUAAUUUUGAUUCCGAGAAUUCGAAAUUCGCUUGGUACUCGAUGAUCUUUUGUUGAUUGAUGCUGCUUUGUGGAAUCGAGGUCCUAAAUCAUAUAUAUGGACUCUGUCUGGAGUAAAAACGGCGAACCAGACGCCUGGCAUUUCGUCCUUGUGUUGUUUUUCGCUGUUGGUUUCGUGGUUGUCAGGUUCUUCCUCGACAGAUUCGUCUUUCGCAGGCUGGCCUUGUGGCUGACUAAUGGAACUGCUCUGAUGAAGAUUAAUGAGAGUACGUAUACAAAAAUUUCAAAAUGCUCCGAGUCAAUGUGGAAGUUCACUUAUUAUGCUACUGUUGAAGCAUGCAUUCUCAAAAUUGCCUACCACGAACCAUGGUUUAGAGACACAAAUGAGUACUUCCAAGGCUGGCCAAAUCAAGAAUUAAAGCUACCCCUCAAACUUUUCUACAUGUGUCAAUGUGGGUUUUAUACCUACAGCAUUGCUGCCCUCCUUUUAUGGGAGACUAGAAGAAAAGAUUUUGCGGUGAUGAUGUCUCAUCAUAUCAUUACAGUUAUCCUAAUUGGAUACUCUUACAUAUCAAGGUUCUUUUGCGUUGGCUCAAUUAUCCUUGCCUUGCAUGAUGCAAGUGAUGUCUUUCUUGAAGCUGCUAAAGUUUUUAAAUACUCGGAGAAGGAGCUUGGAGCAAGCGUGUGCUUUGGGUUCUUUGCUCUCUCAUGGCUCAUACUAAGGCUUAUAUUCUUCCCCUUCUGGGUCAUCAAAACUGUCAGUUGCAAUCUUCACGAGUACGUGGAUAUAUCAAAGGCGUAUGGCAUGUCAUUGUAUUAUGUUUUUAACACAAUGUUGCUGAUGUUGCUUGUGUUCCACAUGUAUUGGUGGGUUCUUAUAUGCUCAAUGAUAAUGAGGCAGCUAAAGAAUAGAGGACAAGUCGGGGAAGACAUAAGAUCUGAUUCAGAGGAUGAUGACUAGGCGGAUAAUUUUGUUCGAGUUUUUGUUGUCUCGCUGGCGAUUCUGCUCAGGAUGGCCAACUUGACUUUCUUUGUAGAUUUGUUGCUGCAGUUAAUUUGGUUACUGCCUGUGCUGCUAGUUUAUUCUUCCAAUUCAAUUUGGAUCAUUAUUUAUUUGGGAGCAGAGAUGCAGAAGUAGGAUUAUCAAGCAUAAUCUUUUUUAUUCUUGACAAAAACGAAUCUUGUAUAAAUAGCACACAGUUACUGUAUAAUUGUUCUCUUUGGGUGAACCGGUAAUUGGAUAUUAGUUUGUAUGUGAGAAACCAAGAAGGGAAAGUAUAGCUUAAUUUUUGUGGUGGCGCUA